GCGACGCUGCUCGCGCUCCUGGCCUCGCUCCUGGCCGCUCCCCCGGUGGUCCCGGCCGAGGCCCCGCACCUGGUUCAGGUGGACGCGGCCCGCGCGCUGUGGCCUCUGCGGCGCUUCUGGAGAAGCACAGGCUUCUGGUGAGCGCUCCGCGCGCCCGCCCGCGGCCUCCGGGACCCCGUGGUCGCACGGGGAGAGCUCGGGCGCCCCCUGACUGCGCACUGUGAGAGCUUCAGAGACCGGAGCUCCCUCCUCUGGGGCCCUGGCUCUCCCAGGCCCGCCCCGCGCCGUGUUUGGGGGUGGGCUCUCCAGCUGAGUGGGUGCCAGGGCGUGAGCCUGGGGCUGGGCCCUGAGCUUGCCCAGUGGCCGCCCCCUGCAGCCCAGACCGAUGCCCAGGAUCCUGCUCUUUGAGCCCCCCGCUGCCACACAGCCAGGCUGACCAGUACGUCCUCAGCUGGGACCAGCAACUCAACCUCGCCUAUGUGGGCGCCGUCCCUCACCGCGGCAUCGAGCAGGUCCGGACCCACUGGCUGCUGGAGCUUGUCACCACCAGGGGGUCCACUGGACGGGGCCCAAGCUACAACUUCACCCACCUGGACGAGUACCUGGACCUUCUUAGGGAGAACCAGCUCCUCCCAGGGUUUGAGCUGAUGGGCAGCGCCUCAGGCCACUUCACCGACUUUGAGGACAAGCAGCAGGUGUUUGAAUGGAAGGACUUGGUCUCCAGCCUGGCCAGGAGAUACAUCGGUAGGUACGGACUGGUGCAUGUUUCCAAAUGGAACUUCGAGACGUGGAACGAGCCGGACCACCACGACUUUGACAACGUCUCCAUGACCAUGCAAGGCUUCCUGAACUACUAUGAUGCCUGCUCGGAGGGUCUGCGCGCGGCCAGCCCGGCCCUGCGGCUGGGAGGCCCUGGCGACUCCUUCCACACCCCACCGCGAUCCCCGCUGAGCUGGGGCCUCCUGCGCCACUGCCACGACGGUACCAACUUCUUCACCGGGGAGGCGGGCGUGCGGCUGGACUACAUCUCCCUCCACAGGAAGGGUGCGCGCAGCUCCAUCUCCAUCCUGGAGCAGGAGAAGGCCGUCGCGCAGCAGAUCGGGCAGCUCUUCCCCAAGUUUGCGGACACCCCCAUUUACAACGACGAGGCGGACCCGCUGGUGGGCUGGUCCCUGCCGCAGCCGUGGAGGGCUGACGUGACCUAUGCGGCCAUGGUGGUGAAGGUCAUCGCCCAGCAUCAGAACCUGCUACUGGCCAACACCAGCUCCACCAUCCCCUACGCGCUCCUUAGCAACGACAACGCCUUCCUGAGCUACCACCCGCACCCCUUCGCGCAGCGCACGCUCACCGCGCGCUUCCAGGUCAACAACACCCGCCCGCCGCACGUGCAGCUGCUGCGCAAGCCAGUGCUCACAGCCAUGGGGCUGCUGGCGCUGCUGGACGAGGAGCAGCUCUGGGCCGAGGUGUCUCGGGCCGGGACGGUCCUGGACAGCAACCACACGGUGGGCGUCCUGGCCAGCGCCCACCGCCCCGAGGGCCCAGCCGACGCCUGGCGUGCCGCCGUGCUGAUCUACGCGAGCGACGACACCCGCGCCCACCCCAACCGCAGCGUCGCGGUGACGGUGCGGCUGCGCGGGGUGCCCCCCGGCCCGGGCCUGGUCUACGUCACGCGCUACCUGGACAACCAGCUCUGCAGCCCCGACGGCGAGUGGCGGCGCCUGGGCCGGCCAGUCUUCCCCUCUGCCGAGCAGUUCCGGCGCAUGCGCGCGGCCGAGGACCCGGUGGCCGCGGCGCCGCGCCCCUUCCCCGCCGGCGGCCGCCUGACCCUGCGCCCCGCGCUGCGGCUGCCGUCGCUUCUGCUGGUGCACGUGUGCGCGCGCCCUGAGAAGCCGCCCGGCCAGGUCACGCGGCUCCGUGCCCUGCCCCUGACCCAAGGGCAGCUGGUUCUGGUCUGGUCGGAUGAACACGUGGGCUCCAAGUGCCUGUGGACAUAUGAGAUCCAGUUCUCUCAGGACGGUAAGGUGUACACCCCAGUCAGCAGGAAGCCAUCGACCUUCAAUCUCUUUGUGUUCAGCCCAGACACAGGUACUGUCUCCGGCUCCUACCGAGUUCGAGCCCUGGACUACUGGGCCCGACCAGGCCCCUUCUCCAACCCUGUGCCGUAUCUGGAGGUCGCUGUGCCAAGAGGACCCCCAACCCCUGGCAAUCCGUGAGCCUGUGCUGAGCCCCAGUGGGCUGCACCUCCACUGGCAGUCAGCGAGCUGGGGUUGUACUGUGCCCAUGCUGCCCUCCCAUCACCCCCUUUGCAAUAUAUUUUUAUAUUUUA